AUGCUGUCUGGAGUUAUCAAAGGAGAUAGUGGAACUCCUAUCGCUCAAUCCACUAUUUUUGGUUGGAUAGCCUACGGUUCUGCACAAUUGAAGCUCGGUGGAGAUGUAUCUCACUGUCGUCACUUAACAUCUAAUGAAGAAUGGCGUUCUUUAAUCAGUAAAUUCUGGGCUCAAGAAAAAAUUAGUGAGUCGACCGCAUCUAAAUUGAGUCCUGAAGAGCAACAAUGUGAAGACCAUUUCAAGAGAACACAUACUAGAGAUGAGACUAGUCGAUAUAUUGUACGAUUACCACUAAGAGCAUUGCCUACUCUCCUUGACAUUAACCCAGAGUAUGGUCAACUUUACUCUGAAUUUAUGAAGGAGUACGAGAAUCUAGAUCACAUGAAAAGAGCUCCUACUACAAUUUCUGAGUCACCAAUCUACUUUAUUCCUCAUCAUGCAGUUCUGAGAGGGCAGAGUACUACAACUAAGCUACGAGUUGUGUUCAACGGGUCCAGUAACACUAUAUCUGGCACCUCGUUGAUCGACCUUUUUCACAUUGGUUCAAAAAUCCAACCAGAUCUAUCAGAUGUGUUACUUGGGGUCAGAAGACAUCGAGUUGUAUUCACAACAGACAUCACAAAGAUGUUCCGUCAGAUUAAUGAUGCUUCUUACCGUGCUGUGACAGUUCUGUUGCAACUAGCAGAGGAUGAACGUGAGAAAUUUGCAAUGGCUGUCUAG